AUGGGCGAGAUGGGCGUGGGCAUGGAGCUCUACUUCUUCAUGACGCGGCAGCUCGCGAUGCUCUUCUCCGUGCUGACGCUCGUGCACCUCCCGGCGCUCGCGUGGCACGCGCGGCUGCUGCCCUGCCGGUCCGGCGGCGCCGAGAGCGAGGCCUGCGAGUGCGCCGCGAGCGUGGCGAACAUCCUCCUGCGCAUGGCGCUGAGCGACGGCUGCCCCGAGGGCAUGCGGGACGUCGCGGUCGCCGUCGGCGGGCUCUCGGUGAACCUGAAGCCGUCGCCCAAGGCCCACGCGGCCGUCAUCUGCGCGACGCAGCUCCUGACGGCGUGCCUCGUCCACGGCUUCACGCGGCGCAUCCGGGGGCGCAUGAGCAAGCGCCUCCAGGAGCUCCAGCUGCAGCACGCGACGGCGAGCCAGUACAGCGUCCUCGUCACGGGCCUCCCGGGCGACACGGAGGAGCAGGAGGUGCUGCGCCACUUCCACCGGCGCUACGACUUAAGGCGGCCCCAGGUCGCCUACCCGAUCUACGGGCUGAACGUGCGCGGCGCGUGCCUGCUCUCCGCGGCGCUCACGUCGUCGGCGGUCUUCGUUGUCUGCCUCGCGCUCGCUGUCUGGCUCGACACGCCGCUGCGCCACGAGGGGGGCAAGCUCUGGCUCGCGGCGCUGGGCGCCGCGUUCGGCGCCGCGGCGCUGGCGGGCUGCGCGACCUACUCCGCGUCCUACGCGCGGCGCCUCGGGCGGCCCGUGUCCGUGCCGCCGCUCGCCGAGGAGCACGGCGCGAUGGUGCGCCGCGCGCGCCAGGGCCGCCGCACGUGCGGCGGGCGCCGGGGCCCGGAGAAGAUCUCGCCGUCCAUGGCCUGGACCGUGCGCGUGCCGGACCCGCGGCCCGUGCGCGAGGAGGACCACCGGAGCGACCGCGAGCGGCGGAGGCCGAAGCGGCACAGCGGCGACGGCUCCUACGGCGCGGCGUCGGCGCCCGCGGCGGAGGUGACCUACCUGGGCAAGUGGGUCGCGGACGUGAGUCUGGUGCGGUCCAACGGCGAGCUCAUCCGCCAGUACAUGGCCAUCCGGAAUCUGUGGAGCCGCGUGCAGAUCUCGCGCGCGUCCGUGCGCCGCUGGUCCGAGGUCCACGGGCCCCACCCGCACACGAACCGCUGCCGCAAGGCGCUGAACCAGCUCGAGGUCCUCGUCGAGAAGAUGAAGGAGGCGCAGCGCGAGCUGAGCCGGUCCGUGGACCGCAAGGGCAUCGACGAGGUCACGGGCGCGUUCGUGACGUUCGAGCACGAGUGGUCCGCGUUCCGCUGCGCGCAGGACUACGCGCACAGCCGCUACGCGUUCCUGCGCCACUCCUUCCAGCCCCUGAACCUGCGGCUCCACCGCCGCGCGCACUUCGCCGCGCGCCAGAAGGCGCGGCGCCGCGAGCAGGACCGCCAGGGCCCGCUCCGGAGCCUCCGGAGCCGCGGCGGCGCGUCGCCGGGCCGGCCGCCGUCGCCGGGCGACGACGUCGAGGCCGAGGGCGAGGCCGCGCCGGGGUCCGCGUCCAUGCGGGCCGUGCCGCUGUCGUGCCGGCCCGCGGCCGCGCCCGACGACGUGCUCUGGGAGAACCUCGGCGUGCCGAGUUACGUCAAGAACCUGCGGCGCGCGGGCACGCUCUUCCUGUCCGCGGUCAUGCUCGCGGGCACGUCGAGCCUCGUGCGCUACAAGAUUCGCGUCAUGGCCGAGGUCGUCCGGCCCGAGACGUCGACGUGCCGCGAGGCCAUCGCCGCGCAUUUAGGCCGCUACUACGACAACGAGACGUGCGCGCAGGUCGACCGGCUCUACACGAACCGGAGCUUCCAGUGCCCCGGGCCCCGCGAGGACUUCCUGGGGCACCGGGACGUCGACUACGGCGUCGCGGCGCCGCGGGGGCGCGCGUGCCGCGGCGGGUCCUGCGUCGCGCCGCGGAGCGCGUUGGCCGUGCCCGGGUCGAACGCGACGGUCGACCGGUCGCGGUUCUGGGCGGCGCCCGCGCCGGCGGCCUACGUGGCGCCGGGGUCGCGGAAUUUGACGCUCUGCGACUCGCCCUGCCAGGACCGCGACGCCCAGGGCCGCGACCGCGCGGACUGCGACGCGCUCGCGUGCGGCGUCGCCGCGUGGCGCGACGCCGCGCACGGCGGCGAGGUCUGCAGCGACCGCGACGCGCGGCGGACGCGCUACUCGCGCAACGAUCUCGUGGAGUGCUACUGCGACCGCGAGGUCCGCUGCAAGGAGCAGCGCCUGCUCCACUUCGAGCGGCUGAUGCUGCGGUACGCGUGGACGCACGCGGCGCGGAAGUUCCUGGGCCGGUCGAAGCGCCUGUUCCACGUCGUCUGCCGGGAGCACAUGGCCACGCACCUGGGCAUCAAGUGGAUCGACCGCGCGCUCGUGCUCGUCGUCGUCGCGGUGAACUCGCUCUUCCAGGUGCUCUUCGCGGCGUUCGCCAAGGUCGAGCGCCACGACUCGAUCUCGACGCAGCUCGUGAACACGGCGUGGAAGACGUUCUUCCUCAUCUUCCUCAACACGGCGUUCCUCGUGCCCGUCUUCAACAUGAAGUGCGAGCCGACGUGGCGCGGCGACCUGGGGCUGACGGACUUUUUCUGCGAGCACGUCUUCAUCGGCGAGUACGUCGGCUUCACCAAAUCGUGGUACGAGAACGUGGGGCGCACGGUCGUCCUGUCCGUGGCGCUGAACAUGGUCGUCUCCGUGCUGAGCCGCUUCGGCACCGUGUCGCUCCUGGACCCCCUGGUGGCCUGGUGCUGGCGCGACGGCUGCGUGACGCAGACGCAGCUCAACGAGCUCUUCCAGCCGCGGCGCUUCGACAUCGAGUACCGGUACAGCUUCGCGCUCACCUACGUGCUCUGCGCUCUAGUCUACUGCAGCGGGCUGCCCGUGCUCGUGCCCCUGACGGCGGCCUACUUCUGGGCGUCCUACGUCGCGGACAGGUACCUCGUGAUGCGGCUCUACGCGAAGCCGCCGAGCUACGACCACAAGCUCCCGAAGCUGCUGCUGAAGGUCUUACCGUUUGCGUCCGUGGCCCACCUCGUCAUGGCCAUGCUCAUGCUCUCGAAUUCGAACCUCGUGCGGGCGGGGAGCCUGCGGUCGAGCGGCGUCGCGACGCGCGCGGCGCCGCGGACGUUCCUGCUGGUGACGCGCGCGCUCUUCGGCCGCGCGUGCAGCCGGCGCCUCGCGAACACGGCCGUCGCGCCGCUCCUCGUCGCCGUCGCCUACCUCGUGGUGCGCGCGGCCCUGCGGCGCGUCGUGCUGGUCUACAACCUCGAGCUCCUGCCCGUGCUGCCGACGGCCGUCGCCGCGUGCCGGCGGCUCGCGGCCGGUGCCGCGCGCGCGUGCCGCCGCGGGGGUGGCGGCGGCAAGGUCGUGCCCGCGCGGCUCGGCGCCGCCGUCGCGCCGGGCGACGCGCCCCCGAACACGGCGGCCUGGCGCCGCACGCGGCGCUGCAUGGCGAAGGCCGCGCUGACGACGCGGCCGGGCUUCACGGAGCCGUUCCGGUGCGUCGCGCCCGAGGGCGUGUCCCACCUGACGCACGGCAAGCUCGAGCGCCUCGUGCUGAGCGGCCUCGACGGCGGGCUCAAGGUCGUCCACAACUCGCUCGUCGCCGUCGCGGACGCGGGCGACCGCGCCGCCGAGCGGCGGCGGUCGACGGUGAGCGGCGUCGUCGCCGCGAUGCGGCGUUUAGGCGCGCGCGACGCCAAGACCGUGCCCCUCGACGAGGCGGGCGGCGGGCCAAACGCGCCCGACGGGGCGGCGCCGGAGGGGCAGCACUCGCUCCGGGACAAGGUCCGCGAGUCCAUGCGGCGGCGGCGCGCGGCCGCGGCCGCGGCCGCGGCGCCGCCGGCCCGGUCGCCCAAGCCGCGGAAGUCGCCCCUGCGGCGCGCGUCCGAGAGCCUGAAGCUGACGCCCGUCGACGGCGCGCGGUCCGUGCUCUUCGGCGCGAAGCGGUGGACGGAGCAGCACAGCAAGCAGGCGAUCCUCGAGGGCUGGCGGCUCCUCGACGCGGCCGCGGCGACGCCGGGCCUCGUGGAGCUCCAGCGCGUCCACAGCGCGCGCCGCGGGCUCAAGUCCGACGUGCUCAUGCGCACCUGGGAGAUCAUCGUCGAGGAGAAGCGCCUCGCGAGCUACGACAUCAUGGCGAACCCGCGCUACCGCCUCGCGCUCGAGUUCCUCGAGUCCGUGGGCACGUUCCGGCCGAAGCGCGAGCUCGUCAAGGAGAUCGGCGUCUUCCGCGAGCAGGUCGUCCAGCUCAAGGACCGCUGCAACCGCGAGAACCUGGAGCGGCGGCUCACGACGAAGGUCCACGAGAUCCGCCUCGAGGUCGUGCGGCGCCAGGAGGCCGUCAAGAACGUCGUCGACGCGCUCGUCGCGCGCGUCGAGGCGCGCGACGUCGCCCGGCGCGCCGAGGCCCGCGUGGCGGCCGCGCGCCUGCGGCUCGCGCGCGCGGCCGCGCUCCACCUGUCGUCCGAGGUCGGCGCGGCCGCGCGCGGCCUCGUCGACGCCGUCGAGCGGCGCGUGCUCUACGGCGAGGCCCUCGGGCGGUCGGCCUGCGAGGCCUGCCUGCGGGCCGCGGUGGCCGCGGUGGAGACGCGCGUCGUGCGGGAGGCCGCCGCGGACGCCGCGGCGCGCGACGGCGCGCGCGCGGCCGCGGACCGCCUCGUCGCGGCCGUCGAGGCGCGGAGCCUCGCGGCGACGCUCGACGAGACCGCGGCGGAGCGCGACGCCGCGCGGCGCAAGGCCCGGGACGGCGAGUCCGCGCGAUUGGUGCGCCUGGCCGCGGACCGCGACGCGGCCGCGCGGCGCGCCGAGGACCUCGAGCGCGCGCUCGCCGAGUCGCGGCGCGCGCUCGACGACAGCCGCACGCUCGUCGCGUCCUACGAGCGCGUCGCGAAGAUCACCGAGGCCGCCGCGGAGCGCGAGGCCAAGGCGAACCGGACCGUCGUCGAGGCCCUGGAGCGCGAGAACCGGCGCGUCCACGAGGCCUGGGGCGACGCGCGCGCCGUCGCCGCGGCCGCGCCGCCGGCCCGGGCCGCCGGCGCGCCGCCGGCGCUGGCCCUGCCGCCGCGGCCGGCGACGGACGUCGAGGCGACGCAGACGACGGCGCGGAGCGAGCCGGCGCCGGCGCGGGACACGCGCGAGGAGCAGGCGCAGACGGACCUGCACCUCGACGCGGUCUUCGAAUCGCACCGGUCGUCGAUGACGGCGGCGGAGGAGGCCAUCGAGGCCGCGGAGCACGCGGAGCGCGCGACGCGGCGCGAGGCCGACGAGGCCCAGGCGCGCGUCCUGGCGGCCGAGGCCGAGGCGGCCCGCGCGCUCCGCGACGCGACGGAGGCGCGCGCGGACCGCGAGGCCGCGCUCGACGACGUCAGCCUCGCGACGCAGCGCGCGGCCGAGGCCGAGGCCGCGCGCGACGCCGCGCGGGCCGACGCCGCGGACGCCGCGGCGCGCGAGCGCGACGCGCUCGCGGCGCGGGACGCGGCCGCGCGCGACGCGGCGGACGCGGCGCGCUACGCCGAGGCGGCGCACGAGGACGGCGAGCUCGCGCGGGCCGACGCGCUGCGCGCGCGGGAGGCGUCCGACGCGCGGGCCGCCCAGGCCGAGGCCGCGGCGCGCGACGCGCGGGACCUCGCGGCGCACGCGGUCCGCGACUUCGGCGCGGCGGCGCGCGCGGCCGAGGCCGCGGGCGCCGAGCGCCGCGCGGCGGCCGCGGCGCUCCUCAGAUCCGCGGACGCCGAGGCCGCGGCGGGCGCCGCCGCCGCGGCCGCGCUGCGCCUCCGCGACGCCGCGGACGCCGCGGGCGCCGCGGAGCGCGCGCGCGCCGCGGACGCCGCGCGCGCCGCCUGGGCCGUCGAGAAGGCGGACGCGGCCGCGGCGCGGCGCGCCGAGGCCGAGGCCUGGCGGGCCGCGCGCGACGCCGACGUCGCGACGGCGCGCGCGGCCGCGCGCCUCGCGGACGAGCGCGCGGACGCGGCGGUCGAGGACCUCCGGGCGUCGCGCGACGCCGCGGACCGCGACCGCGAGUCCGUGGCCAAGCUCGCGCGGGAGCGGUCCGACAGCGACCGGCGCGCGGCGGCCCUCGAGGACGAGCUCCGGGCGACGCGCGACGUCCUCUCAACGGCGCUGAGGCACCUCCCGCCCGCGGACCGCGACUGGGCCGCGACGCUCGCCGCGAAGCACGGCCUCGACGACGGCCGCUUCGCCGCGCGGGGGCGGCCCCCGAGCCGCGCGCCGCCGGCGAAGCCCCCCGCGCUCCGCGACGUCGACGCCAUCGUCGAGGACGCGCUCCGCGGCUCGCGGUCCGACCUCUUCGCGAACCGCGGCGGCGCGGGCGGCGGCGGCGUCGUGCUGCUCCAGGCGCCGCGCCACCGGGGGCCCCUCUCGAGCCAGUAA